AUGGAAAUCGUGCCGCACCCAACUGGGACAUCUCCAGGUAGUUUCAAUUGGAAGUCUGGCGGUCGCGUCAAAAGCUGGAAGCGACGUUGGUUCGUAUUGACCGAGGACAGCCUGAUCUACUACCUCACACCAGAUGUGAAUUCGGACUAUAAUGAUCUACCCAGUAAUCCAAACCACAUGGUUCAGUGUAUUGAGAAUGAGGCGGAAAUGAGAGUGAAAGAGUACCAGUUGCGCUUUCACUGGGUGUGGAGUGGUGAUACGGGCACAGGCUCUGGAACAAACUGUUUCCACCUGUUUAUGGCCAUUUUGGUGUUACGAUGUCAACUGUUACAGGCCCGGCAAUAUAGCCGCUCACGUCAUUGCAAAGGCGUGAUCCCAUUGGAUGGUCUAAACAUUCGUAUUACUCAGGAUCGAACCAAGGAGCAUACAUUUGAAUUGUAUUCCAGUCGAAACGAACUAAUCAAGGCAAGCAAAGCGGAUCGCGAGGGCACUUCCACUCCGGGUGAGCGACUUCCCCAAAGUUCCAACACCCAACCGUUGCUCAGUUCACUUCACUUUUAUCUUCUGUGA